AUUUGACAUUUGACAGUAAAAAUUGAACAUAUUGUUAUCUUGAAUCUUGUAUUGUAAACAACUAAACAAUUUUAAACGUAAAAGUAAUGAUCAUAAAGUUCAUAAUUGAUAUGACGAACUAAGUUUUUACUUAUCAAUAACAAAACAAUUUUGUAAUAAAAAAUCAGCUAGAAAAACAUCCGAGCACAAUAGUCAGUACCUAACUCAGUACAAAGUUCACAAAAAGUUAACUUCUUAAAAGAAAUAUAAAAUGUCUUUAAAAUUAUACUGCGAUCUUAUGUCCCAACCCUCGAGGGCUCUUUAUAUUUUAUUGAAGUCUAUCAAAUGUAAUUUCGAGCCGAAGUUCGUCAAUUUACGACAAGCUGAACAUUAUACUGAAGAAUACUCUGCAAUAAAUAGGUUCCAGAAGGUGCCGGUUAUAGAUCAUAAUGGAUUUAUUUUAACAGAGAGUGUUGCCAUCCUCAAGUAUCUAUCCAGAGAGAAUGUGAUACCAGAAAGUCUGUACCCUAAAGAGUCUAAAGCUCAGGCCAGGGUUGAAGAGUUCCUAGAGUGGCAGCAUGCGGGGCUUAGGUUGCAUUGUGCUAUGUACUUCAGGGUUAAAGGAUGAGUGGCUAUGAUCCUAGUGCGAACUUUAAGAAUAUACAGGUAUGGUGGAAGAAAGUACGGGAACAUUUUAACCCAUACUAUGACGAGGGACAUGUCAUAGUCAAUAAGAUUAUUAAGAAAAAUACUCAGGUAGCCUCUAAGAUUUAAUAAAAAGCUCAAUUAUGUAUGUAAGAAAUUAAUUGAAGAUUAU